CUUCGACCUGUGAUGCCUUCUCAAGUAGGGGGCAGGAGGUGGCUUCAGGAACUACAGGCAGCUCUCCAGAACUUUCUCAAGGGAUAUCCUGCAAUAGUCCAGCAACUGCAUUCGGGAGAUGAAGGCAGGAGUGACACCAGUCAUCAGAAAGCCAAGGAACUCCUGGGGUUCCUUCUCCAAGCAAACAUUGUUAAAUUCAUCCACUUCUUAGUGGAUGUCAUUAAUGUCCUUAGCAUUCUUUCCCGUGUCAAUCAAAACAGAAAUUCUUCCAUUGCUGACGUAUUUGCCACAUUAGAAUCAACACUGGAAAUGCUCAGAAUAUAUCAAACAAGACCAGGACCAAAGGAACGUUGGGUGGAUUCGGUCACGCACUUUCAUGGCAACUGCCUGGGAGGAAAGGGAGACAUUUCUGAUGCGAGAAGAGUAGUCUUAACACAUCUUAUCAAGAGGCUGCAAGGUUGCUUCAGAGAUGCCAGCCAAGAUGUGCUGAAGGCUACCAUGAUUGGAAGCUUUAAACUGUGGCCUGCGAAGAUAAAUCAAGAAUUUGGAGAAAAAGAGGUAUCCAUCCUGAUUGCCCAUUAUGAACCAGUACUGGAAGCUGCCAACGUGGAAAUCGACGAAGUGGACGCUGAAUGGAGCAUGUUGAAAUUAGAGAUUUAUGCUAGAUUUCAGAACAUCCGCAAAUUGACCUGGGAUUUUGUGAAUUCUGUUUACUUACACAAGUAUCCAAAUAUCUUGACGUUAGUGGACCUCGUGCUGACCCUCCCUGCAAGUUCCGCGGAGGCAGAACGUGGCUUUAGUCAGAUGAAACUCACCAAGUCACAAAUGCGUGCCAAAAUCAAGGCCGAAAGUAUGACGGAUCUCCUUGUAAUUCAGUUGAAUUCUCCAGACAUUAAUAACUUUGACCCUCGGAAAGCUAUCCAUUUAUGGAACACAAGAAUACCAUCUGCAGCUGAUGACACAAGACCUAAGUCUGCUUAUUCGUCAAACUCCGAAAGCCAUGAUGAAAGCGAUUCGUAAUAUGACAAAUGUUGACUUCGUCACUGAUCAAAGCAAAAACAAAUUCUUUGUAAUCUGAAAUUUAGAAGUAAAAUAGUAACCACUCUUCACAUCAAACACGAAAGGCAUUUGGCAUCUUAUCAAAGUGAAAAUUUUCUGUACUUUCCUUUAAAAAAAAAAGAGAUGUAUUUAUUUUAGAGAGAGGGUGUGUGCAUGAGGGAGCAAGGUGGGGGGAGCAGAGGGAGAGAGAGAAUUCUAACACAGACUCCCCGCUGAGGGAAGAUUCCAGGAUGCCAAGAUCAUGACUUGAGCUGAAAUCAAGAAUUGGCCUCUUAACUGAGCCACUAGGCAUCCCUUCCUGUACCUUUCUAAGUCUACUUCUAUAUCCACACAUUCCUUCACGUUCUUUGGAUGCAAUGUGUUAUUUUGAUGUCAUCUUUUGCAGAGUUAUUGCUAAGGGUGACUAGACUAUGACUAUGGUCUGAAUUCCCUUUGGCCUAGAACCUUCCCAUAGUUCUAAAUGACAGCUGCAUUAGAUAACUAACUUGGGCCAAACCGAAAAAGAGGUUCAUUUGCUUGUUUGUUUAGAUCCAUGAAUAAAAUUUCUAAGUUUAUCUGUCUAUGUUAUCACAUUUUAUGUGAAGGUCAUAUCACCAUAUGCCUUGGCAAUGUCAAGAUCAUAUAUUAAAAUACUUUUCACAUUUCACACUAGGGUCGCCACAUAAAUAAUUACUGUGUAAGCUGGAAGUAUUGUCUUACAACACUUUGCUUGCACCACAGCUAUUAAAGAAAGUGGAACUAUAUAGUACAUAAUUUUUAAAUACUUAGAGCCUCCUCAUGGUUUCAUAAAAGAGAAUUUAUUUAUGGUUUCAUCUUGAAGAACA